CUGUCAUUUUAUCAGUUUUUUUAUCCAUGGUAAUUCUUCGUUCUUUGAUUUUUUGCCGUUCCUUGUUUUUCUGAAAACGGUGUGUUAAAAUUGCCGUCUGUGAAAUAAAAUGUCGAUUUUAGCGAGUCCAUUAUCCGUAGCAGGUCAGAGGCAAUCGGGGGCUUCAGUCCGUACACAAAAUGUUAUGGCCGCCGCUUCAAUUGCUAACAUCGUAAAAAGCUCCUUGGGUCCAGUCGGAUUAGAUAAGAUGCUAGUGGAUGACAUAGGUGAUGUUACAGUAACCAACGAUGGUGCCACAAUUCUAAGGCUCCUCGAAGUGGAGCAUCCAGCCGCCAGGGUUCUUGUUGAAUUAGCUCAGCUUCAAGAUGAAGAAGUUGGUGAUGGUACAACCUCAGUAGUCAUUAUUGCAGCAGAAUUACUUAAAAAUGCUGACGAACUAGUAAAACACAAAAUACAUCCUACCUCUAUAAUCAGUGGUUAUAGAUUAGCUUGCAAAGAAGCAUGCAGAUAUAUACAAGAUCAUCUUACAAUUCCUGUUGAAGAGUUGGGUAAAGACUGUAUUGUAAAUGUUGCCAAGACAUCAAUGAGUUCUAAAAUAAUUGGAGCUGAUGCAGAUUUCUUUUCUGCAAUGGUUGUAGAUGCUGCCUAUGCAGUGAAAAUUACAGAUGUCAGAGGUAAUCCUAUGUAUCCCAUUAAAGCAGUGAAUAUUCUUAAAGCACAUGGUUGUAGUGCCAGGGAGAGUAUUUUGGUACAAGGAUAUGCCCUAAAUUGCACUGUAGCUAGUCAGGCUAUGCCCAAGAAAAUUGUAGGUGCAAAAAUUGCUUGUCUUGAUUUUUCAUUGCAGAAAGCUAAAAUGAAAAUGGGUGUCCAGGUUUUAAUAAACGACCCAGAAAAGCUUGAGGGAAUCAGAGCCCGAGAGUUAGACAUCACUAAAGAAAGAAUCCAAAAAAUUUUAUCCACUGGUGUUAAUGUUAUACUAACUUCAGGAGGAAUCGACGAUUUAUGUUUGAAGUAUUUUGUCGAAGCCGGUGCUAUGGGAGUGCGAAGAGUUAAGAAGGUCGAUUUAAAAAGAAUCGCGAAAGCAACAGGAGCGACAUUUUUGACGUCUUUAUCUAACAUGGAUGGUGAUGAAUCUUUUGAUGCUAGUAUGGUCGGAGAAGCAGCUGAAGUAUAUCAAGAAAGAGUAUCUGAUGAUGAAUUGAUUAUUAUUAAAACACCAAAACAGCGUACAGCCGCAUCUAUUAUUUUACGUGGGCCGAAUGAUUUCUAUUGUGAUGAAAUGGAAAGGUCAGUUCAUGACGCUCUGUGUGUUGUCAAGAGAGUUUUGGAAUCGAAGACCGUUGUUGUUGGUGGUGGAGCAGUUGAAGCUGCUCUUUCCAUUUACUUGGAAAACUUUGCCACGACACUGAGUAGCAGGGAACAAUUAGCUAUUGCGGAAUUUGCUAAAAGUCUCUUGGUUAUUCCCAAAACUCUGGCAGUGAAUGCUGCAAAGGACGCUACAGAUUUAGUAGCGAAAUUGCGCGCCUACCAUAAUUCCAGCCAAACUAAGGUCGAACAUGCACAUCUAAAGCAUGUAGGAUUGGAUCUCAUUGAGGGCACGGUAAAAGAUAAUAAGAAAGCCGGUGUCUUAGAACCAACAAUUUCGAAGAUUAAGUCGCUGAAGUUUGCCACAGAAGCGGCGAUCACGAUUUUGAGAAUCGACGACAUGAUUAAGUUGGACGCGCAAGAAAAAGGCGGCAAGAAUUACAGACAAGCGAUGGAGAGCGGAGAAUUGUAUAACUAAAUAUGUUUAAUUUAUUUAAAACAUUUUUUUAUUAUACUUAUUAUUAAUAAGUAGCUUUACUAAUAGUAUUAACAACAGUUUUUGCUUUAUACA